ACGUGUACACACCUCCUCUUAGACUUCUUCAAACGGAGGGUUUCACCAAAGGAAAGUAUUGAAUUGCUUCUUCUCCAAAAGUAAGCAGUUUUUACGCAUCCCUUCCUCGCUGGUCUUCUCCAAAGAAACUCUUAAAUAUUUGGCCGAUCUUUGCUUUCCCGCAGAAGGAAACUAUCGCACAAGGGAAACGCAGUCUCUUCUCCUGGAAGGAAACUCUCGAAAAUUAAGCCGUCCACUUCUCCACUAAGAUUCUGCUUAUCAAUUUCCAUGGCUGAAAUUUGAACCAUCGUAUGAAUCCCAAGAAGAUAUACUGUUGAUGCAAUUUGCUAAUUAUUUCAAGUUUCAAAACCUUUUGCUUCCCAAUUUUCAUGGAUGAAACUUUAUAAAGAAUCUUUAGUAACAGAGAUAGCAGAUGUCAGCAUAUAUCUACCUAUGACCUCUACAAUCCUGACAAAAUAGGUUGUUUUUCUCAAGCGUCCCCUAAAUAUUGCAAGAGGCUAGCCUGGAGUUUUAUAUUUGCAAAGGUAGUCCGCUGUAUCACUAUGACUGACACCCCUUUAGAAUUCUCUCUUCCCCCAACAUAUGCAGCCUCAAUCUCAGGUCAGAUUCUUCUCCUCUUUUUGUUCUUAAGGUCAAGUUAGCAAUAAUUGUAUCAGUUUUGUAUAUAAGAAUUCUCACUUCUUAAAUCUUAUUAUAUAUGUUCUUUGUUAUUUGAGUUCUCAAAGGCUCAUUAUUCGAAUACUAAUAGGGCUAACCAUGGUUUCAUGUCUAAAUAGGGUUUUAAGGUAUAUCUGUUAUAUAUAUAAAAGGAGUGUUUUAAUCAUUUUUUUGCUUAGGUAUAUUUCACAAAUUUCUAUCUCUAUUUAAUAAAGUAUGAAACUACUCUCAAUUUUUUUCUGUGUUUUUUUUAGUAUUUUAGAUUCCUAAAUUUUCAAUUCAGAAACAAGGAAGAGGACAAAUUGCAAAACAAAUAAAGUAUAUUUUAUAGCAUGAUAUAUGCUUUAUAGCAUGAAGUUAGAUCCCACUUGAUCUAUUUUAAAACAUUAAUCAUCAACUAUAACCCAAAAAGAACUAUGUAUGUUUCUCUUAUCUUAACUUGCUAUGUUUCUUCUACCAUGGAAUUUAGUAGCUUUUUGUGAUUCAUAUAAAUGAAUUAAAAAAAGUUUAGGGUAAAUGAGGUUAUAUUUCAAGUAGGGCUUGCCCUGAUCUUUGUUCUUAUGUAUUCUUAGUUGGUCAUUUUGUUUCUGGGGGUAAGUGGGGAGUGGUAGUUUUUCUUUCUAAAAAUAUACCAAAGUAACACAAACUUGACACUUCAUUUAUUAUGACCUUGAUGAACAUAUCAAGAAUUAAUUUAUCAAAAGAUUGUUUACCUGACAAUUGCCAUCCCCGAAUCCUUAGACUCUAUUAGCAGCCUCUAGGAAAAGUAGGAGCUUAAUGUCUUAUAUAUAUUACUCAAUAACAAUAACGUCCUAAUAAUACCAAGUUACCAACUUUGUUAUAGUCUUGUGGGUUAAGCUGCAUUUAGUCUUACCCCUGUUAGAACAGAAUGGUUAUUUUUCAUUACAUCUUAGACGCACUCUUGCAUUUACUACCUAAAACGUAACUGUAACUAACAAACAAGGGAAAUUUAAUAUGGUGUUGCUCUCAUAUUUGACUAUUUGAGGUCAGUUACACCUUAUCCUAUUAUCUAAUACAAUAACUUACCGAUGUCAUUAAGUAGUAAUAAGAACUUGGGUGCGUGUAUGUACAAACAACAAAGUGUUCGAUGCCUCUAACUCCAGUUUUACUCAAAUUCUGACCUCAUUGCCUGCUUGAAUAUGUAAGUCAUUUCUUUCGUAUUAGUUAGGAGUAAUAUUCAUUUGUUCGCCACCCACUUGCUAAGUAUUGUGAUCUGAUUUCUGUUGCUUUUAAAAAAGAAUUUUUGUACCUUUUAUGAGUUUUGGGGGUUUUAGCAUAAAGAUAGGUAGGACAAGAAAACACUAAGUGACAAAAUGCGGCUCAAAUUUUCAUGCAUGCACAGACUUCUUAUGAAAAGAAUGAAAUCAAAGAAAUUAUAUCAUUAAUAUAUGAAACACUUUUUACUCAUUAAUACAAUGAUGAUGGUUUUGCUUUUAAAAUUUAGCUUUCAAUUUGGCCUUGACUUUCCCUGUUAUUGCCAACUAAAGCCUUGAAGAUGAAGUUAUAAUAUCUUACACAAGUAUUUCAGUGAUGAUAAAAAUGGCACAUUAAUAUAAGCCUUUAGGUUGAUGUCUUGAAAUUGCUUGAACCCGUUGAAGAAGCUAGCUGUCAUGUACUAUUUUGGAAGCUUCAGGACCUUCUCCAUUUGCUCACACACACUGUCACGGAAGAAAGUAUUAUUGCUCAUCAGUCAUCACAUGCAUUGCUUCCAUCAAAACUAGCCGUUGCUUUUUCCAUUUUUCUCUUCUCUUCCAAAACUAGCUCAAGGAUAUGAUGUAUUUUUUAAUGGACUUUUUUCCGGGUAAAAAACAAGUGAUGGAAAAAAGAAAUUUCUCUUUGUUCCAUUUUAUUGAAACUUUUUUCCGGCCAUGUAUGCUUCAGAAGAAGAUGGAAAUGAAAAGGGCAAGAUUUUCUACUAUGUUCAGGUUCUUAUUAGUAUUAAUUUCUCUGUUCCAAAUUGUGUGGUGAAAUGGAUAGAUGAUGCUCAAUUGCAUUGCUGUUUAUCAAAAAUUUGGAUUGAAUAGAGCUUUUUAAAUUUAAACAUCAUAGAAUGGUCGCACACAGGAUUAAUCCAUAAUCACUAACUAUGGUUUGUAUUGCCAUGAAAAGCAUGUCCUAGGAGGAUAUACACAACUAGAAGCAGUUAAGCAGACGUUGAUCGACAACUCAUGUAUUUUCAAAGUUGAGAAUGAUGUCAUUUUUAUUUCCUCAGCAGGUGAAAAGUCUUUAAGAGAACCCGAAGCAGAAUAAAAGUUUAAGGAAAUCAGCAAUGCUUAUGAGAAAGAUAGGAAAAGGUGGCGAGGUUGGAGUCGAAAUUGCUUGAAAUUUCCACAACUAUAUAUAUAAAACGAAGCGGCGGAAGAGAAAGACCACAUAUUGAAAGCUACGAAAACAUGACGACCCUAAUAAGAAAAUUGCUUUCAUGAAUAAUAAGAAGAAAAAGAAGAUGAUUGUGUUGUUCCACCUCCACAGCUACAGAUUCUGCAGCCGCACGAAGCUGCAAGUUUUCUCCGCCGCCAGCCUCGCCGCCAUCGUCAUCCUCAUCUUCUUCUCCGACACAUCUCCGCCUCCAUCUUUUCCCGGCCGCCACCGGAAUAAUAAUCCCACGCCGUUAAAGAGAGAUUCCAUCGAAUCCCAAUCGGCCCGCCUCGUUCCUCCUCCCAAUGCCACCGCGAGGCAGAGGAUGCUCUGGUUCAAGAACACCUUCCCCCAGAUCUUCAAAUCCAAUGAGAAUUCAAGAAGAGACCAAUUUGACCAAAGGGUCAGAAAAUUCUACUCCGAAAGAGAGUGUAAAGUGAGAUUCUUCACCACGUGGAUCGCUUCUCCCGAUUCUUUCGGAGCGAGAGAGUUCUUGUCAAUGGAGAGCAUCUUCAAGGCCCAUCGUCAACACGCGUGCUUGAUCAUCCUCUCCCAGUCUCUUGAUUCCGAGCUCGGGAGAGGAAUUCUGAGCCCGAUGAUCGAGUCGGGGUUCGGGGUCAUCGCGAUGACGCCCGAUUUACCCUCUCUGCUGGAGAAAACUCCAGCAGAGAGAUGGUACGAGGAUCUGAGAAAUGGGGAAAAGGACCCCGGGGAGAUACCCUUUGCUCAGAACCUCUCAAACUUGAUCCGGUUGGCAUUUCUUUAUCGGUACGGAGGGGUAUUUUUGGACACGGAUUUUGUCGUGACAAGAAGCUUUUCGGGGCUCAAGAACUGCAUUGGAGCGCAGAGCGUGGACCGGCGCGGGAAGUGGACGAGGCUGAAUAACGCGGUGCUGGUUUUCGAACCCGGGCACGCGUUGGUGCACGAGUUCAUGAGGGAAUUCGCCCUAACGUUUGAUGGGAACAAGUGGGGGCACAAUGGUCCAUAUUUAGUGUCGAGGGUGGUGGAUCGAGUGUCGAAAAAUGACUCUUUUAGCCUCACCGUGUUGCCACCGAUGGCGUUUUACCCGGUGGAUUGGAUUCACAUUGGCGGGUUUUUCGAGAAGCCGAGGGACGAUAGACAUGGGAGAUGGAUGGAAGCUAAGAUGGUUCAAUUGAGGGAAGAUGGGACUUAUGGAAUUCAUCUAUGGAAUAUGCAAAGUAGGAGAAAGAGGAUUGAGAAGGGUAGUAUUAUUGGCACCAUUUUUUCCCAACAUUGUAUCAUUUGCAAAGGUAUUUAUGAUUCUUAGAUUUAAUGAGUUUAUGGCUUUUUUUGUUAGAUGGUCUGAUAUACAGUUAUAAACUAGGCCUUGUCACUUGUGUGGUUUAUUACUUGUAUAAAUUUAAGUAGCUAGCCAGAGAGUUUCAUCUUUAUCAUUCAUAGUGGCUAAAAUGUACUCCAGGUAUUAACCAUUCUUAUUUUCUUACAACAUCUUGAAAAAAGAUACUCUGUAUAAUCUUUCCACAAUACAAAAUCACAAAAAUAAUUUCAUUAAAAAGUGUAAAUUUGACAAACACAAAAUCUCUGCAAAACAUAAAUACAUAAAUGAGCUUCCAAAAUAACAAAACAUCCGCAAAAGUACAACCGCAAAGAGCCAGACUCGCCUUCUUUGGUGCCUCUUAAGAGAUUAAAGUGUCUAUCUGGAGUGCAAGGUGAUCUAGCAUGUUAGUUCCAAACCAAAAGACAACCUCAAUUCAAUAAAUGUAACCAAAGAGCCUGCUAAGAGGAUAGAAAGCUUGCAAAGCUAUUAAAAAUCAUGAAAAUUCAUAUAAUAAUGUUUUUUGCAGAAAUUUCAUAUAAUAACUGAGCAUGUGGAUUCAUCAAUAAAGACUUGUCAACAAA